CUCUGUGAAGCUCAUCUCGAGAGUCUGGUUUCCCUCGUGCACAAGUAUUGGAGUUUUCGUGUUCCCGGCGGGUUUUCGAAGUUUGAACUCAGGAGUGCUAACGGAGGCCGAGUAAAGUUCCCUUGGAGAUCUAGUGUCAUCGUCAGGAAGACUUCGUCAGUCAGAACUCCCUCAGAAGAUGAUACAGGUCUCCCGUCUACUCAUCCUUCUGUCCCUUAUAUCUCUCACCUCCUGUGCUCAGUCAGAAUCGGCGGUCCAGACUACAUCAAACGGCCAACCAGCAGUUUUUCGUCUGCCGAACAGUGACACCGGCGUCGUAGGUUUCAGGACUGAAAACCCAUGGCCAAAUAUCAAGUACACAGUGUCUGAUCUAGGAAAAGAAAUAAUCAAAGGAAAGUUAGAAUCAUUCAAAUGGACAUCACAGUGGAUGCCCCUUCUCAUAGGAACAAAGGUAAUAAACGGAACCAACCUGGAGGAUUUACCAAUCUUCUCAGAUCCACAAGGACUUGAUACGAGAUAUGUCUCCUUAUUAAGUGGAGCAGAGGUUCAUUGGCAAAUUGAUGACAUUACCUCUAAAAGAUCAUGAGCUGAAGACGGCCACUCCUGGGGAAGAAGUCGUUCUUGACCUUCCCGAGGAAGGCGAUGUGUGGGUGGCUGUCUGGAACAAACUUGGCCGAGAAUUCAGAAUUGAACUCACGUUGUUCCACGAGCAGAACAAAUCCAGAUUUUUCAAAAUAAAUGCAUCAAAAGAUUGGUCAAUUAUCUCCAUAAAUGACGAGCGGAUCCUUUAUGGAAAUGAUACUUGUCGUCUAACUAACAAAGGCCUGAAAGGAAGGCGGUUGCAGAUGAAAAGCGACGGCGAAGUUCACUUCCAAGUGUUCCCUGUUCCUUUGAAGCCAACAGAUGCAGCCCCACCGCCAGAGAACACUGGCCUUUCAGAUGCAGCCCCACCACCAGCCACACUCAUCGCCAUAGCAGUCGUAACAACCUCUGUGGUUAUUCUGGGAACUUUCUUUGGAUGCAGGUUCUUCUGGAAGAAGAGAAACGGAGGACCGACUGAAGGUGCAACAUCUGCAAUGUUCAGCAUCAACAACCACAACUCCGCCGAUGAAGUAGUACCAACACAAGAACACUUCGGAGCAGUUUCUCACCCUGGACCCUUCAGACCAAGUUCAUGUCAUGACAGUGAAAACAGCCUUUAUGGAGCAAUCAUCCCUAGCUGAUUCAGCAGUCAGGAACAGAGGCAUGACGUCAUUUGUGGGCAAACUUGAACAUAUCUGAUUUGUGUAGUAUGCCCUGAUCCAUAAACAAUUAUCCAACUGCGACAGUUUUUUUUUAUUGGAAGAAACCAUUUUGUAAAUGAAAGUUAUAUGCUUCUUUGAAAACCUGUACCAUUUGAAAAAUUCACUAGAUUUUUUAUUUUUCAUUUUCUUUUAUUUUUAGAAAAAUUUUACUCAGAUUGUUGAUAAAUGAUUUAUGAUUAGCAAAUAACUGUAACUAAAUACCACUGGUUAGGUAAGAGGGACUCGAAAGGACUGCUUUCUUAUGGUGAUCAAAUUUGUGAUGAGAAGCUUUUUCUUGGCUGUUGUCCUUCACAAUUUGCUGAUAGAAAAUGACAUUAUAUUGCCUGAAUUGAAGCUCUUGUUUAUUAACUUUGUUAUCUUAAAGAUUUAUGGAAGUUUGAAGGUACACUGAAGACUCCAGAAGGGCAUCAUCCCUGUUUAUCUGAUCUUAAAUCACUGGGUCCUUCUUUUGAAAGUUUGUCUACAAAACGAAACUAGAGAAACAGCCAUUACUUUAUCAGUAAACUAAUGAAAGAACCUGGAUAGGGCGUGAUUCUGUUCAUGCAAAUGCCCAGUGGCAGGAAAUCCUGCCACACUAAAAUUUGUGUGCUUUUUUAUCUAUUUUCAAAAUAAUGUUGAAGUGUUCACCAUUAUAUAAUUCAAGAGGAUCCUUAGAGCAUUGGACUCAGCCAUAUUUAUUUGUAAAAGACAUGUAGUAAGAAGACUUAAAUUUUUUUGCAAUGUGGUGAUUUACGGAUUCUAGCCUCUUCACUCACUAAAGUUUGAAAUGAUACUAGUCUUAUACUUGUAGACAUAGGAGAAUAUGGCUCAGUCAGCAACAAGAUUAGACAAAAUUGUUAAUAUCCUCUUAGCUAGUGAUACUCUGACUUCCUAGUAUUUUUUUUUUUGUAUAAACCUUUUUCUAUUUGUUGGCAGGAAUUCCUGCCACUGGGUCAUUAAUGUGUUAAUUAAUAAAGUCUACAAUUUAUAUAUUCAUUUAGUCUCUAAAAGAUACUUGAUGAAUAAAUAUGUGGCUGUAAAACUCACCUGAUAGCUCCUCUAACUUAUCGUCUGCUCAAAACAUAUCAGGUACAACACUGGACCUCCUUCCUGUCACUAGCCUCAAGUAGUAGUGAUAGCAGCAGGUGUUCGGUUCUAAAACAGCUCUCUCCUCUU